AUAAAAGAGUGAAGUAUCCAAUAUAACUAAGAUGAAGGGGUUUUUUCAAAAUUGGCCCUCUCUCUUGUUCCGGUGUUAAUCAAUGACUGACCGAGUGAAAGGGGGUGGGUUUUUCUUCGGCUCUAACGGCAACCCAAAACCCUAACCCUCCCUAAUAAAAAAGCUGUGAAGUUGCUGCUUUAACAAUCCUCCAUAAGUGCGCAGAUAUGUUUCUGUCUGAUUAUAUGGAUUAGGGACAAUUUCCUUGUUCCCCAGUAACAAGAACAAGAUAUUGACUCUAUGAUUAAGACUGUAUAUAGCUUGGGUUAAAUUUCAUUACGCAGAAACGGCUUCAAUGGAAAUGGAAGGAGAUUGGAGAUAAAAAGUUUAAUUUGAAAAUCAAAAAGCCCUCAUCAUGUCUGUCGAUCCUACUGCACCAAUGGCUUAUGUGGACGAGGAUGCAUCUUCUGGCUCUGGUGAUGAUAGAAAUAUGUUGGAUGGACACAACAAGCGUCAGUCUUCGACACCCUCUGCUUCUGGUCGUCGCAAAAGGAGUCGCAAGGCUACUGGUGAUGCUAUUGUGGACGCUAUGCUUGAAAUUGCUGCUGCUUCCAAAAUGAGGGCUGCUGCAAUAUUGAAGAAUGAAGACCGCUUUUCUAUAAGCAAAUGCAUUAAAGUCUUGGAUGAGAUGCAAGUUUCUGCAGAUACUUCAGCUAGCAUGGACGACUUUGACUUAGAAUUGGACGAGAUGGAAUUAGUUGCAGCAGCUGCAGGUUACUACUACUAUACCAGUAUAAACAGGCAGCCUCGUUGUAGUUCAUCGCCUAGUGGAAGUGGUUUUAUGAAUGAAGUGCUAGAUGGUCAUGAUGAUUUGUGCCGGGAAAUGUUUCGGAUGGACAAAUGUGUUUUCUAUAAGUUAUGUAACACUCUUCGACAGAGGGGCAUGCUGCGUGAUACUGCUGGUGUUAUGAUAGAAGAACAACUGGCAAUUUUCUUAAAUGUUAUUGGUCAUAAUGAACGUAACAGAGUCAUCCAAGAACGAUUUCAACAUUCAGGUGAAACCAUUAGCCGGCAUUUCAAUAACGUGUUGAAGGCAAUUAAGUCACUUUCACGUGAAUUCCUGCAACCAGCACCUCUCAUGACCCCUCCGGAAAUUCUCUGUAGUAAUAGGUUUUACCCAUAUUUCAAGGAUUGCAUUGGGGUCAUAGAUGGUAUGCAUAUCCCUGCACAUGUACCAGCCAAAGAUCAAUCUCGAUUUCGAAAUAGGGGAGGUGUUCUAUCACAAAAUGUUUUGGCAGCCUGCACAUUUGAUAUGCAGUUUAUAUUUAUUUAUCCAGGUUGGGAAGGCUCUGCUGCAGAUUCACGUGUACUAAGAGCAGUCCUUGAUGAUCCAGAUCAGAAUUUCCCUCAAAUACCUGAAGGAAAAUAUUAUCUAGUUGACACAGGUUACUCAAAUAUGGAAGGAUUCAUUGCUCCAUAUCUAGGUGUUCGCUAUCACCUACAUGAAUUUAGAGGCGCGAACCAGUUACCUAGAAAUGCAAGAGAACUAUUCAAUCACCGUCAUUCAUAUCUUAGAGAUGUAAUCCAGAGAUCUUUCAGUGUGCUGAAAACUCGUUUUCCCAUCCUCAAACUUGCCCCUCAAUAUGGAUUUCAUAUCCAAAGGGAUAUAGUAAUUGCUGCAUGUGUUUUACAUAACUACAUCAGGCGUGAGGAAAGAAAUGAUUGGUUGUUUGCUAGUAUUGAUGCAGUGGAAGAAUUGUCUGAUUUUGAUGAUCAACCUGAAAUGCAGUUGGCUUCUACUAUUCAGGAGCAGAUUGCUUUCUCAUUACGAGAAUCGAUUGCAGCAGCAAUGUGGAAUGACUUCAUAAACAAAUGGGAUCAGUGGUGAUCGGUGGCAAAAUGUCAAAGAGUUCGUAGAGUUGUUGUAAAUCAUAUCAUGGUGAUCAGUUUGAAGCAUAAUAGCUUUUAGGAGAGAAUCGAUUAAAUGUGACCGUAUACACAAUUUCUUUUUUUUUUUUUUUAAGUAACAACUGAUAUUUGUAUACCAACGUUAAAGUUGGUCUUCUGCUUUCGUUUUCUUAUUUUGGUUACUGCAACCUUGGAAGGUUACCCACAUCCACAUCUGGCGUCAGAAGAUUAUGUUGCUUUAACAAUGUUUAUGCAUCAGUUUUUGGCCAUUGGGCAACA